AUGUUCGGAAGAUACCUCCAACCGAGCGUCCGUGUGGCCACCGCAGCACGCACUGCCCGUGUAGCAGCCCUCCGCGGGUUCUGCUCGCUGCGUCCUGCUUUCAACGGCUCCUCAAACCUUCUUGAGACCGUUCCUACAACAUACGAGGAAGAAAAGGUGCACAUCGACGAAAUCAACGGCAACUUGCCCGAGCCGGAUCUCCAGACGGCGUCCAGAUUGCGUAACAUUGGUAUUUCCGCGCACAUCGACUCCGGAAAGACCACUUUCACCGAGAGAGUGCUAUAUUAUACGGGACGUAUUAAGGCCAUCCAUGAGGUCCGUGGAAGAGACUCUGUGGGCGCCAAGAUGGACCAUAUGGACUUGGAGAGAGAGAAGGGUAUCACCAUCCAGUCUGCUGCCACCUACUGCUCGUGGGAGAAGGAGAAGAAGGACUACCACUUCAACUUGAUUGAUACGCCAGGACACGUGGAUUUCACCAUCGAGGUGGAGCGUGCGUUGCGUGUUUUGGACGGUGCGGUUCUUGUGGUGUGUGCCGUCAGUGGUGUCCAGUCGCAAACCGUCACUGUGGACCGUCAAAUGAAGCGUUACAAUGUUCCUAGGGUGACUUUCAUCAACAAGAUGGACCGUAUGGGCUCCAACCCAUUCAGAGCCAUCGAGCAGAUCAACUCGAAAUUGAAGACCCCUGCCGCUGCCAUCCAGGUGCCUAUUGGCGCCGAGGAGAACUUGAAGGGUAUGGUGAACAUCAUUGACCGUGUGGCCGUCUACAACGAGGGUCCUCAGGGUGAAGAAUUGCGCAUUACUCCUGAGAUUCCUGCUGAGGUCGCCGACUUGGUUGAGGAAAAGCGCCAGCUCUUGAUUGAGACUUUGGCUGACGUCGACGAGGAAAUUGCCGACGUGUACUUGGAAGGUGAGGAGCCCUCUGUGGAACAGAUCAAGGCUGCCAUCAGAAGAGCCACUAUUGCUCGUAAGUUCACUCCGGUGUUGAUGGGUUCUGCUUUGGCCAACAAGGGUGUGCAAUCCGUGUUGGAUGCGGUUGUCGACUACUUGCCUCAACCAAAUGAGGUGUUGAACACUGGACUUGAGCUCGUUGAGAAGGAGGAGAAACCUGUCAAGUUGAUUCCAUCUUCUUCCGAGCCAUUCGUUGGUUUGGCUUUCAAGUUGGAGGAAGGUAAGUACGGUCAAUUGACCUACAUCCGUGUGUACCAAGGUAAGUUGAAAAAGGGAACGUUCAUGAACCAUGUCAAGACCGGUAAGAAGGUCAAGGUUGCCCGUUUGGUUAGAAUGCACUCCAACGAGAUGGAGGAUGUUGACGAGAUCGGAGCUGGUGAGAUUUGUGCCACGUUCGGUAUCGACUGUGCCUCCGGAGACACUUUCAUUGGCCACAAUGCCGUCAACGAGAUUACCAUGAGUUCCAUGUUUGUUCCAGACGCCGUUAUCUCGUUGUCUAUCGAGCCCAAGACCAAGGACAGUGGAAACUUCUCAAAGGCCAUGAACCGUUUCCAGAGAGAAGAUCCUACUUUCAGAGUCCGUUUCGACCCAGAGUCGAAGGAGACCGUUAUUUCUGGUAUGGGAGAAUUGCACUUGGAGAUUUACGUCGAGAGAAUCAAGAGAGAGUACGGUGUUGACUGUGUGACCGGUAAGCCACAAGUUGCCUACCGUGAGGCCAUCACCACCCCGACCGCAUUCGAUUACACCCACAAGAAACAGUCUGGAGGUGCCGGUCAAUUCGGUAGAGUCAUCGGUGACUUCAAGCCUAUCGAGGGUGACAACAAGUUUACACAACACAUUGUUGGAGGUAAGAUUUCCGAGAAGUACUUGUUUGCCUGUCAAAAGGGAUUCGAAGACUGCUUGGAGAAGGGUCCAUUGAUUGGACACCGCGUUUUGGGUGUCCACAUGCACAUCAACGAUGGUCAGUCGCAUAUGGUUGACUCUUCGGAGUUGGCGUUCCGUCUUGCCACGCAUGGUGCAUUCAGACAGGCGUUCUUGAACGCCAACCCAGUGAUUUUGGAGCCUAUCAUGGCCAUCGAGAUCACUGCUCCUAACGAGUUCCAGGGUAAUGUAGUUGCGCUCGUGAACAAGCUUGGUGGAUUGAUCAUGGACACCGAGAAUGGUGUGGAUGAGUUUACAGUGACCGCCGAAUGUUCUUUGAACUCGUUGUUUGGCUUUGCUACGUCAUUGAGAGCUUCCACUCAAGGUAAGGGAGAGUUCUCGAUGGAGUUCCUCAAGUACUCGCAGACCGCACCACACUUGCAGAAGCAAUUGAUUGAGGAGGCCGAGAAGAAGAAAAAGAAGUAA